AUGUAUCAAGAACAAAGAAGACAUUCGGCCGUGUCAGGCCCGAGACCUGAUUCCUUGAUCCCUUCGCAUUUAGAUUCUGGUAUUACUUCUCCAGAACCCAUUCACAGACUAGACUCCACGCGGCAUGGGACGAACCCUUCGAACCAGCCUCUUUAUCCCCAAUAUACGGUUCCAUCUGAGCCUGAUGAUGUGACAUACAACCCUUUCGAAGGCCCAGCCAGCACUUCAAUCAAUGGCAGUGGCCUGGUUGGUCAACCUGCUUCCAAGUUCCAUAACAUAAACAUCAACCUGGGAUAUGAAAAUGGUUUCGUGAUGUACCCGAAUCAACAACUGAUGGGCAGAUCAUCGAAUGCACCAUCGCAACAAGGUCUGCUGUUCAACCAAUAUACCACACCGUCGUCAGUCAGUCAGGAGGGUAAAUCAGAUUCGUGUUCUCCGGACCUGCCAUCUUUACCGAAGGCUGUCGCAGAACCAAUCGGCUACAGGAACUCUUUCCCAAUUUCAUCCAAUGAAUACAGAUAUGUACCUAGUCAUUACAACAAAGCUGUCGCAAAACAGCCCAUCAUCUCCCUGCCCACAACUAAAAGGGAACAGCCCGCGCCCGAUGUAUCUACUUACCAGUGGAUCGCGGAGGAUCCCACAAGCAAACAACGCCACCAUGAAAAGAGAGUGAGGACACAACUGGACGUCGAGAAUCGAAAGGAGGAUAUUCAAAAGCUCAAGGAAUUUGGUGGAGCAUGCCUUUGGUGCCAUCGAAGCAAGAAGAAAUGCGACCCUGCCCAAAUUUGCCAGCCUUGUCAAACCAAUAAGCGCAAGUGUGUUCGGAGUUCCUCACAGCUCUGCUUGACAGGGCAUUUCAAGCCACCCGACCUUGAGAACUCGCUGAUGUCUUUCGGUCCUCCCUCUCAAGAGGCACUCAAUGCCAUAUACUUCAUGGCUGAGCAGGCUUUUUCAAAUAGCCCACUUGUUAAGGCCCACCUCAGCAUUCAACGCGAUAACAAAAUGCUUGGUCUAGAGGUGACUAAGGAUGAUAUGGACCCAUCCAAAUCUGAGACUAGACGCUUGAUUAACGAUUUUACUUUUCGAGCAUCUUCUUGUGUUCAUUGCCCUGAGUUAGAAAAGCUUACCGAAGACUGUUCGACUCACCCACUUGUUCUCGCGGCAAUAAAAAUGUCAAAAGCAUUCAUGACAAUUCGUAACCUAGCUACAACCCAAGUUCAUUUUUGCACAGCUGACACACACAUCGCACAAUCGACUUUACUACUAGUAUUGAUUGCCAGUAUACUAAACCUGACCGGAAUGUCUGACUGCUUCACGCUUGAGCUGUGUGAAGCACUACGCCGACGAAACUACGAGCGCACUAACCCCAGUUCAAAGUACCGACUCGCAGGGGCUUGUAACUUAAGCCCAGUCUCAUUAGCAACGGAAUUGUAUCAUCAAAUUGUCAACGGUUUACUACAACUAACCGAGAACCCGGUGAUCGCACUGAUUUUCAAAGAUGUGGAUACACACCUUCAUGAAGUACACGCCACUUUAAAGAGCAUACUUGCAUUUAUUAACGCCAUACAUCCAAAGCGUACCAAGCGAACAGGAGAACGUACGCCAGGUGGGCAAGCUACUACCAUUUCAGCCGUGCGGCACUUCGAACUAGUUUUUUGGGUGGAAUGGGUAGACACUAAUCAACACUUACGGUCAACGACAGUGAAUGAACAGGGCUGUGCCCCUGAACUAAUAUCCCUUGACGUUGAAACUCUUCUCCAAGGUGGAAUUGGCAGUUUAGAAACUUUUGAAAAGUCCCAAAAGAACCCACAACGAAGUCCGGUGUCGGCGAAAGUGCCUGCCCAAUCUAUCUCUCCAGAGACAGAGACUGAUAUUGCUUCUAAUUCCGAGAUUUUUGAAACUGGAAUAUUUGAUGAUAUCCUUCUCUCGGAUCCUUGGGGUUGGUCGGUUGCAGAUGACUUUAACUUAGGAUUCCCAAUGGAGGACCAGUAG